ACACUUCGAGCGAGCACCUAGACCUGAGGGGAGCGAUGCUGUGGUUCCAGGGCGCCAUUCCCGCCGCCAUCGCGUCGGCCAAGAGCAGCGGCGCGGUCUUCGUGGUAUUCGUGGCAGGUGAUGAUGAGCAGUCUACACAGAUGGCUGCAAGUUGGGAAGAUGAGAAAGUUACAGAAGCAUCUUCAAACAAUUUUGUUGCUAUUAAAAUCGAUACCAAAAGUGAAGCCUGCCUACAAUUUUCACAAAUCUAUCCUGUAGUGUGUGUUCCAUCCAGUUUCUUUAUUGGAGACAGUGGAAUUCCCUUGGAAGUAAUAGCAGGAAGUGUUUCCGCAGAUGAACUUGUUACCAGAAUUCACAAAGUCCGGCAGAUGCACUCAUUAAAAGGUGAAACAUCAGUGGUAAAUGGCAGCCAGUCAGAAAAUUCAGUCUCUACUCCAUCCACCUCAUUUGAACCUAACAACACUUCUGAAAACUCUCAGCCCAGAAAUGUAGAGCUUUGUGAGACAACACCCACUUCUGAUACAAAAUCAGAUUCUGCAACAGGAGGAGAGGGGUCAGAUCAUGCCACUUCGUCUCAGGAGCCUAGUGGAUGUUCAGAUCAGAGACCUGCGGAGGACCUCACUGUCAGAGUGGAAAGACUAACGAAAAAACUUGAAGAAAGGAGAGAAGAGAAGAGGAAAGAGGAAGAACAGAGAGAGAUUAAGAAAGAAAUUGAGAGGAGAAAAACUGGAAAAGAAAUGUUGGAUUAUAAAAGAAAGCAAGAAGAGGAAUUAACGAAAAGAAUGUUAGAGGAAAGAAACAGAGAAAAGGCAGAAGAUAAGGCAGCGCGAGAGCGUAUUAAACAGCAGAUUGCACUGGAUCGUGCAGAGAGAGCUGCUCGUUUUGCAAGGACAAAGGAAGAAGUAGAAGCUGCUAAAGCUGCUGCCUUGUUGGCUAAACAGGCAGAAAUGGAAGUUAAGAAGGAGGCUUCUGCAAGACAAAGGAGGUACUUUAUUUUCUACUUAAAUGUCUUUGUUUAUGUAGCAGCUGAGAAGAACCGUGGUUGUAAGCUGCUUUUUAACACUGAUGUGUGCUGUGGCUAUAAUAAGUAGUUCCAGAAGGACAUAUUGACCAGUUUGGCAGCUGCCAGUGAUAUUUGUUAUUGAAUGUGAGUGUUCAAUAUAAUAGUACUAAAUACAGACAGUCCCUAACUUGAUUAGGGACUUGGGUUGGUUCAACUUAGGAUUUUUCAGUUUUUACAAUGGUGUGAAAGCUAUAAGCAUUCAGUAGAAACCGUACAUCAGAUUUUGAAUUUUGAUCUUUUUCUGGUCUAGUGGUGUGUGAUAAAUUCUCUCCUAAUGCUGGGAAGCAUCUCAGUCAGGCACAUUAUCACAAGGUUAAACAACCAUUACUCUACAAUGUAUUCAUUGUAUUAGGUGAUUUUGCCCAACUGUAGGCUUAUGUAAGUGUUCUGAGCAUGUUUAAGGUAGUCUAGGCUAAGCUAUACUAUUUGGUAGGUAAAUUUUCAAUUUACAAUGAACUUUAUUGGGACAUAACCCCAUUGUAAGGUGAGGAACGUCAGUAAAUGACUUUUAAAAAAAA